UGCCGUAGGUCGGAAAGAAACUACCGGUUGUUGCCUAUCUUGUCUGCCUAGUGCCAGACAGCCGAACUGGAGAGAGCUUUGUGGGAGAACUAGAGCGAGAAAAAAAGUCUCCGGUGGAAAAUUCGCCGCCAUCUUGACGUGUAGACCGUCGUCCAGUGCGUUCUGUAGCUGCAAAAGUUCGGAAUAUUGUGUGGGUUGGUUGUUUCUCGUUCGGUUCUGGGUUUCCGUCGCGGCUUGCCUCGGGUCUUGUUUAAGCAGUCGAUUGUGAAAAGAAAGCCUGGCCACGGCAAGGGUUGUGCCUAGCGAACAUUACGACUCAGGAUCUACGUUUGCGGUGGGUUGCGGCUUGUGUGACGUGAAUGAAUCAGACCAGCAUCUUGUCCAGCAGAAAAGUACGUUUUCGCAGGAAAAAGAAAAACUGUGUUCAAUACUGAAAACAAUUGCACAAGCGUAACGAGGAGGAUAUAGCAACUUCUUUCUUACGCAAAGCAGGAGAAUAGCAGGAGCACCCGUCGUUCUAGUUUUCUUUCCUGCAAACAACAAACAGCUAGUGCGAAAGACCUAGCCCAUACCAAGAGCAAAUCGUUUAGGUUAGGAUAUUUUAGCUUCGCUAAAGCAACUAACUUUCCAACUGGGCAUCGAGUGAGAAGAUAAAAAGGCAAAACGUAUUAACCGGGAACUACCAGAGCUACUAAUCAACCAUGGGGAACGUAUUCGCAAACCUGUUCAAAGGACUGUUCGGCAAAAAGGAGAUGAGAAUACUUAUGGUCGGAUUGGAUGCCGCUGGUAAAACCACAAUCCUGUAUAAACUUAAAUUAGGAGAAAUUGUUACAACGAUUCCUACCAUUGGUUUCAACGUUGAGACUGUAGAAUACAAAAACAUUAGUUUCACAGUGUGGGAUGUUGGUGGUCAGGAUAAGAUCCGACCUUUGUGGAGGCAUUAUUUCCAGAAUACACAGGGACUCAUCUUCGUCGUGGACAGCAACGACAGGGAGCGUAUCGGCGAAGCUCGGGAAGAACUGAUGCGAAUGCUAGCGGAGGACGAACUUAGAGAUGCUGUUCUACUUAUAUUCGCUAACAAGCAGGAUUUACCAAAUGCAAUGAACGCUGCAGAGAUCACCGAUAAGCUAGGCCUGCACUCGCUGAGAAACCGCAACUGGUACAUCCAGGCGACCUGUGCAACAAGCGGCGACGGUCUGUACGAGGGUCUCGACUGGCUGUCCAACCAGCUGAAGAAUGCUAACCGUUAAGCUAGAAGGGGGAGGCAAAUUUUGAUCAAGAGAAAAUGAAACAGCAGAGAAGAGCAGCCUCAAUAAACGCAAGAUAAACAGACAGGACGCGAACUAGCAAUGCGAGCGAGCGAGAUCGAGAUACAUAUUAAGCUAGAGCGAAAGAGAGAUGAAGAAAAGCUCAGAUGAAGAUGAUAAAAUAGGGAAAACCAACAAAAAAUUGUAGCAAAGAAAUAAAACAAAAUCAAGCAGAAAAACCAACUCCCUCUUAAAAAAAGUAAGUAAAACAAAAGAAAAAACACUAAAAUGCAAAAGCCAGCUAGGUGACGUGUGUGUGAAUGAUUAUAUAAACAAAAGGAACAGAAAUAAUAUAAAGUAAUAUAAUAAUUAAAAAUAAAUCACACAGAAAAAAAAAAAACAAAACAAAAAACCGAAGCUGAGGCGUAUUAAAUAAUAUAGCAUGUGAGAAGUGAGCAAAAUAAGGUGGGCGAGGAGUAACUUAAAAUAAAAAAAUAAACAAUCGAAACCAUGUGCUUAUUAUUGAUGAUUGUGCUAUGCAGAAGCAGUACGCAGAUGCUUUUUCGCUGCAGAUAAGAAAAUGUUUGUUCGGCAGAUCGUCCUUUCUAGUUAGCUAUCCCGCGGAUCGUUAUUCUUAUAAUUGUUUACAUCCUGCAGAACUGGGCUCGAUCCGGUUUUCCGCGAAAUGGCGAACGGUUGCCGCCUCAUUAUUUAGCAACAAUUUGUUUUUUUUUUUCUUCUAUGCACUGUGCAAAAAAAAAACGGUACUCGAUUAAGUUUUCACCUUCCAUUCAGGAUUAACAUACGAGAGAGGGUGUAUUAAAAUUAACUAAAAUAGUUUUUAUUAUUUAUCGCUCCUUUCUCUUCAUUAGUACUCGGUUAGUUACGUUAGCGUACCGCUAACAAAAAGGAAAACAAACAUUCGCAUACGGAUAAGAAUACUAGAAGAUGAGAGAAGAUUUUUGUUUUAAUUAACGUGAGCGUAUGAGUGGCUUUUGGGCAAGUUAUUUCUUUUUCUGAAUUCAACCGACAUAGGCAUAGGCAAAUAUUCACACACCACACAACGCAAUGGAUGAAUGCUCCGUGAAAAAGCUCCUAGUUUUUGUCUUCUCUCUGGAGGAUGAAACGGAAGGAAUUCAGUCUUGCAAUAAAACAAAAUAAAGUGACAACUGCAGAAACCAACAAAAGACGCUACUACGCUGAACUAGGCGGUAUGAAAAAAAAAAGAACUGUAACGACUAAAAAAGAGUAAACAGAAUAUCCGGAAAUGACAUCCGACAACAUUCAUUCAGAAUCAGUUUAAGGAAGAAAUUACAGCUACAAGUGUAACAGUUACGUUUAAUUAAGAUGAAUAAAACACUAUAUAUAGA